UUCCAUUCCAAGCUAACACCUUGCAAGUCUGCUCGCACUACAUUAUAUACUUUCUACAUCUUUACGCCAUCAUGAAGUUCUUGUUUGCCCUCCUGCUCACUGCGACUGCUGCGUAUGGCUGUGGAAGCAACGCAUACAGAUGCAAAAACCCUGACAAGACAGUCAAUGAGAUGUGGCAAGUGACGCACAGAAUCUGUGAUGAAUUGAAAGAAGAUGACUGCUAUUGCUCCCACUGGGCUGAAUACUAUUGUGAUCCUUGGGGUGAUAACAUCGCCGAAUUCAAGCGCAGAUGCACUAAUGAGGGCGAGAACUGGUACUGGCUGGAGUGUUAAAGCAAAAGACCCUUAAGAACGGAAUCAUAUGUGUUUGGCAGCGCUGCGAUCAAAAGAUGAGCACAUCACAUCGACACUUCAUUUUGCAGGGCUACUAUGCAUUCUUGGUCUUAUUUGGAUAGGUGGAUGAAUGGCAUCUUAGCAGAGUCGUAUAUAGAUUGAUGAUUCCUGUCCUUUGAUCCAAUCAGUAUACAAUCAGUUCUGCUAAUCUCUCGCGC